AAUGAGCGAGCGCCGUGGAAGGAAAAGACCGAGGGCGAAGGGCCGGCCAGGCGCAGGGACGCAGCACGCCGUGAGUAAGAGGAGCUAGGGCGAAGGCGGGGACCGGGUGGUGGUUCCACUCUCCGGGACCUCCGCCCGCACAGGCUUGACUGGACGCCGGCGCUGUUCCGCCAGAGAAGGCUGGGCAUGUCGGGGUGACCCCUGGCUCCUGCGGCCUCUCCUUCGGCCACGCCUCCUGGUCGGUUGGCGACGCUGUGGCCCGGGAGCUGGGGACUAAGCCACCUCCUGCCGCUCCCUGUCACUACCCUGCUGAUUGCCCGCAGGUUUCUGGGCCCUUCAUGGGGCUCCUGGUUGGUUGUUCAUUCAACCACUGACUCAGCUUGUAAAUAUCGGGCGCUGAGCUAGGCGCUGGAUGAAAGUAGACGGCUCGGUCUCUGUCGUCAUUUAGUGUUGUUUUUUUGGUUUCUAUUAUUGACUUGUAUAUGUGCCUAUGCGAGCUUAUUGCAACAGGUAUGUGCAGGAGUUUGUGAGACCAGAAAGGGGAGUACAGGAUCGCCUGGAACUGGAAAUUCUGAGCUGCCAUGUGGGUGCUGGGAAUCUAGGCCCUCAGAUCAAUGAUGAUGUUUGGAAAAAUUUCGAGACAGCUCUGCAGCUUAAAGAAAAUCCCAUGGUCAUGUGACUCCAGAUACUUCUGGGAAUGGUUGAAUACAGUGUUUAAUAAAGUAGAUUAUGAACGCCUCAGGGAUGUUGGCCCUGACAGGGCAGCAUCUGAGUGGCUACUUCGGUGUGGAGCCAAAGUACGCUACUGUGGCCACCAGAAGUGGCUACACGACUAUAACACACUCCCAGGAAGCUCUAUAGACAGAUACAAGAUUCAAGCAAUUGAUGCCACCGAUUCUUGUAUCAUGGACAUUGGCUUGGAUCACAUGGUGGGCCUAGAGCAUGUUGAAAAAAUAACACUAUGCAAGUGUCAUUAUAUUGAAGAUAACUGUUUGCAGAGGCUUAGUCAACUUGAAAAUUUACGAAAAAGCCUAUUGGAACUGGAAAUAAUUGCCUGUGGGAAUGUCACAGACAAUGGCGUCAUUGCUCUGCGACAUUUCAGCAUUCAGACUCUGGGACCUCUUGGUGUAUUUGAUUUAAUGGCAGUGGAUCCAUCAGAAUCUCAGUGCCACAGGGCGCCUGAGAGGCUUGAAACAGAAGCCGCAGUACUGAAUCAUCCUUCUCUUUGCCCUAGCUGAGGCUUCAAGACUUGCUCUAUCAGAAACUGGAAUACCUUCCAGAACUCACCCUCGCCCUGGGGGUGCUGUUUGUUUGUUUGUUUGCAUUAUUUCUAGUAUUUUACAUAUAAAGAGAUCUGUUUUGUAUGUGUAUGGAAAUAAAACAAAACUAAAAAAAAAAUCAAUGAAAUAAGGAAAAAUUAUAAUAUUAAAGUCUCACACGAGUUUCAUUUAAUGUGACCCUCAAGACUGUUGCUCUGAGAAGCCAUUGUAAAUAUCUUCUGCAUGUUAUUUUUUCUAAAAUCAUGUAAAUUGAAUUCAUGUUUAAAGCCAUAAAAGGGCACAGUGAAGUGAUUGUUUCUUCUCUAUUUGCAGGAACCUCAAGUAUUUGUUCUUAAGUGAUCUUCCUGGAGUAAAAGAUAAAGAAUACCUUGCCCAAGUCUUUAAGACAGCACUGCCUUCUCUGGAACUAAAAUUAAACCUGAAGUAAAAUAAGUGUCUGGUGUCACUAUUAAGGAUCAUUUGAAAUUGCUGAUACUAGACAGCUACAAAUAUUACAUAGUCACCAAUAGAACUGUGAAAAUGAUUCAGAAAUGGAGAAUGGAUGUCAGGAAGAGAAUAACUCAUCAAAAGUGACUCACUAAAGUUACUUAGUUAAAAGUGAGAAAUUAUGUACAUUGAAUCAUUUUUUUUAAAAUACAACAUAGCAUUUUAAUUCUAAUGUAUUUCUCAUUGAGAUAUAUAUAUAUAUAUAUAUAUAUGUUGAUGUAGAGUUCUUUAAACUGCAAUGCAAAUAUUCUUCCUUACAAUAAUUUACACCACAUUGAAGCAUGUUACUGUAACUCUACAGUUCUGAAACCUGAAAGCACAGGUACUGACUCACUGCUGGAAUCCACUGUACCGAGCUGUCGUGGCAUUGAGAGCUGCGGGCUGUAUGGCUUCCCGGGAUUUGCAUACUUGCUCAAGCUCCUGCAUUGCUGCAUUCCUAGUCAUACAUACUUUUAAAAAUACCCUUUCUCAGAAACAGAGCUGCUGGCUACUCUGUCCUACUUUAAAGCCUGGGCUACUUCCUGCUGGUUAAAACAGAACGCAAUACUUAUCUACACCCAACUAGUUUUGCUGGUAAAACAAACAGAGGAAACAGGCUACCCUACUCCCCAUCUGCUUCAAACAAGAAUGUGUGUUUGUUAGAUUCUAAUUUUGCUAUCUCUCAAAUACCUUUGGAUUCUACCUUCUAUGAACUCAAGGCAUAUAAAAAUAUAAAUACAAAAAUGAAUUUUAUAUCUAGAAAACACUAAUAAAGAAUGCCAUAAGUAAGUGAA